AUGAGGUUAGACCAUGAUGACUUCGAGGAAUUUGUACUGUCCGGCAAACAAGGGUUUACCUUCAGUUCUGAAAUAUCCCUUGUUGAGUUCUUAGAUGAUGCUAAUGCAUAUGUGCUGCCAGUGUCAUUAACAAGUUUUGGGUUACCUAUUUUCGUAGCUUCAAAACUUGUCAAGGAAAAAUAUUCUUGUUAUUUUCAGAAGUUUCUUUCUAUGCCCUUUUCUCUAGCAGUGGGUACAGAGCCAUUGGAUGGUCUUUUCACUAUAAAUUCGAACCCAUUCCAACUGGAGACAUUUGAGAACAUUUUGCUAACUUGGGUAACCCAACCUACUGCUCGAUUUUUACUAGAUGGCAUGCAUUACCAUGGUGUGCUGAGCAAGGCAUUUCUAUCAGCUUCACAGAGGCUUUUGCAAGUUAUAGAGGUUAUUUCUAAGUACAUGAGUCCAUUGGUAGCUUCCUAUCUUGCUUAUGCAAAUCAAAUCCAUGUGGUUCUUGCCUUCUAUAUUGACAGCAUUGGUAUAAUAACUGAUUUUGGCAAGCAUUUUGAUGGUGAUGAGUAUGUAUCAUGGUGCCACUUCAAUGCUAAAUACAAUGUCGACCUCAUGGCAGCCUUGUUUAUGGCUCAUACGACUCAUAUUCGUUUAAUGGAGAGGUACUUUCCAGAUCCAACUACCUCAUUGCCUCCUGCUCAGGUUCUACCUCUACACAUAUGGAAUGAAGUUUUGCGCAGUAAUUUUGUUCUAGUUGAUCAUUUUCAUCACCAUGGUAUAUGGAGAGUUACCUUGGCAAAUAUGAGAGCAGCACUAGAUUCUGCAAUUUGGUUUUCUGUGUUCAAGGGAUUUACUAUAAUUGGUUGGAAUCAUUUCACUGCUCUAGUUCGUGUGAACAUGAUCCAUAUUCUUUAUGGGGAAGGAAUACAACCCUCACUUUCACGAAGUGUUCGGGGUUCAAACAAGACAGAGUGGAAGAGAAAUGAUUACCUGAUUCGCUUUUUCACCUCUACAUAUUCCAGAGUAAUGAGUCCCCUGUAAUAUGGUUCUUCAAGAGUGAGAUGUCACUUACAGCUGGGAUUAGACCCGUUUGUUCCGUAGUGUACCAGAUGACAAACAUAUUUGGUGGUGUGCCAAAUAGAAGUGUGCCAGCUGAGAUCUCUUCGAAUUCUUUUGGUGUAUUGCUGAACAACAAUUGGCCUUCACUCACUAAUCUUGAGGUAUUCAAUGGCUUCGCGACAAGGUAUUUUCCAUACUAUUUUUGGGCCUCCAACCUAUUUCCAGAGCAUGAUUCAGAGGCUUUCGAAUAUGAUGAAGAAACCUGUAUUUUGCUUGACCAUUCACUGGAGAUGCUGCUUGCUAUGAAAUGGGUGCUAUUGGUACAACAUACCCUAUUUCUUGCCAUCUUUAAUUCAAUCUAUCUACCACACGAGUUGGUGGUUGGUGAUGCAAUAAGGCUGAUUGUUCUCGUGUUGAGUGUUGUCAAGAUCAGUGUGCUUCAACUAUUUUAUUCCAUCUCAAAGUAUUUGGCAAGACUGCCUGAUUUCAUUUUGGCAGGAUCUGAGUUACUGAUAUUUGUUUUUUGGGUGAACACACCGAAGAUGUUUUGGAAGAACAUGGUUCGUGAUUUAAAGCCCAUACAGAAGCUAAUACUGAAUAUGAGUAUGGUACACCGUUUGACAAAUUGGCUGGCCUCUUUCCAGACUGCUGCAUGCUUCUUUCUCGGUUUGAGAGGCUUGAGGACAAGCCUCAUCUUAAGGGGCUAGAAUUGAUGCGACUCUAAGUUAUUGGGCCUUCUAUUAGAUCAAUUAGACCAGCUAUUGUUGUUAUUAGCUAUUAGGCCUAUUAAAUUUGUGAUAUCAUUAGGCCCAUUUAUAUCUAAACCCUAGCUAUCUUUGGGUGUAUUUAAACCCUUUUUAUAAUGAAAAGAGACUAUGAAUGAAGAUAUGAAUUUCCUUUGA